UGAGAAACAUCUUUGAUUCAUGUCUGUGUUCGCUCUGUGUGAGUGAAGGUGGAGUCUGAGUCUUGCGACCUUGCGACAGGACAUGCAGUAAUCUGCCGAUGAAUGCUGUGUUCAUUAACUUCUGCUACUGCUCUGCCUGACCCCUGCUAGUCAUUUCCCCCCACACCCUGUGGUGACUUGUUUCCCGGGGUCUAUCGCAUUGAAACUAUGCUGUCGGGCUAGUGCGAUAUCGCUCUCCCCCCUAGCCAGUUUAAUCAUCAUUGUGAAUUAACAAUCUUCCCCCAUACAUCAUGCCCCUGAUGAUGGAGGACGGUAUCAAUGUCGAUGAUCUUUUCGGGGAGCCUGCCUCCCUUGAGCUGGGGUUGCCAUCUACCACUUCCACCAAAGGUCUGGCCGAGCGCUUGGAUGAAAUGCGCUUGCUUGGUUGCUGUCAGAAAAUUGCAUGGUCAAAACUAGGAUGUAUUGCCUACAUUGCUCAGGACCCCUCCAAAGUAUAUGUCCGUUAUCUCCAUUGUCAGCCAGCGGAUGGCAAAUGGGUGCUCAGCGACGAGACGCCCUUACUGCCCGUCACAGAAGCCCAUGGAGGUACGGCCUUAAUGCAUCUGAGUUGGAAUGAGUCUGGUUCCGAGUUAGCGGUGGUUGAUUUGUCUGGCCGACUCUCAAUCUAUUCUAUUCCAAUCGCACUCAACAGUGUCAAUAGCCUUCGACCGCCGUCUCUGGAGCCCGACGACAAUGCGCAGGUGGUCGGCAUGCUGUGGUUGAACACCCAACGCUCCGUACAUGCAUUCUACCAAGCCGCCAAAGUACAAGGUCGCUGGGCGUACUCACCCUAUCGCCGUCGACCAAUUGGGCCCUUUCACCCAGCCAACAAGGCUGCAUUGGUCUACAUCACCAGGUCGGGGAUGAUCAAGCUUUUGUAUCAGAACCCGGAUUCGAAGUGGGCUGAAAUAUCUGCCGAGUUGAAGAACACCAACUAUUCAGACCGGUUGUUGACCCAUGCGGCCUUGGUACCAACUCAAGCCGGAAUUCUCGUGGCAACAUACUCGACCUGCCAGAAGAUCUGUGUCUACCGAGUGCUGAUCAACUGGAACCCUCCUCAAUUUGACCCCGCGCAGCAGCCUAGACAAACCCCAACCCAAUUUCCAGUUCCCAGCUUUCGUUUUGUGCAUUGCAAGGUUGAGACCUCCUGCAAUGUGCCUGGUCCCGUGCGUAACAAUGGGGACCCUUCCGACGACCUCCAACAGCCUUUUCCUAAUUCUCUCUACUGUCUUACCCGCUUGGAUAUCAUUCUUCCAACGUCCGAUAAUGCUGCAGGGUCCUCUGCGACCCCCUGGGUUGUGGCUACAUUUUCAAUCCUACCUCAAACAGCCCCCGAUCACCCGCACCAGCAGGGUCCAUCAAGUAUCAUUGUCCGGUGGCAACUCGAAUCCGCACCCCUGGUUCUCCAUCCUAAGUUUGAUGAAGUCACGACGAAGAAGAAUAGCAUGCAAAUGAAGCCCAAUGUUGUGCUCAAUCGGUUGGAAGAUAUCCUCUGCGACCGAUACGUUGUAUCGAUUGAUCACAUCGAAUACGCCAAUGUUGUAGCUGUGACCCACGAUGACAGCUCUGUUGCUUUCUACGAUCCAAAAACUAUGGCUGCAUUUAAUGGAGUCGAUGACGCGAACACGGUGACUAGUCUGGCUCAAGCAGGGUUCCAUUAUUCUCAAGACACUCCAGGCCUUCAUAUCAGCUUUUCGCCCAGUGCCUGUGCCGCUGUGAUGCUAGACAGCAGCGGACACAUACAGCUUAGAGUGAUGGAACACUCAUAUGGAGCAGACAACGGGCUUUACGAUGAGAACAACUUCUCAGCCGCUAUCGCGGCAUUGACACUAGCAUUUUGUCGCGGCUGCGGAAGUGAAGUCAAUACGGACGAUGUCCUGUUAAUAUUAAUACGUCAACUUUCUCCAGAUGCGCAAACGUCAUUCAUCAAUGAAGUCUAUCGUGCAUUACCCAUAAACUGCAAUUUCACCGAGGAGCAAGACAAGCUGAUGAACCACCCGUACAUCCCCCGUUGCCUUAGCAUCCAAGCAGCACUGGGCAAUAAGGGUAAAUACCAGCAACGGAGCUUCGCAUCUUCUGUCUCCUGGUCUAUUCUCCAGCUGCGCCAUGCUUCUAUUCUCUACCCAUUCUUCUUUCAGUAUAAUAAAGGGAUCCAAGCCUCUGAGCCCCAUGACCCUGAUGUUCUUCGCAUGGUGCUUGGUAACACUAAAUGGGCUCUUGACUUCUUACUCUACAUCCUAGACGAGCUGUUCAACCUUGCCGACGAAUUCGAAGAUGUGUCCUCCGAUCAGGAGGCUUUCAGCCAAAAACUCAAAUCGACCAACUCCCUCUCGCUCAUCAUUCUCCUCUCCAGCAUGUCUCGCUCCUGCCUCCGCUUCAUCUGCCGCGGCCUGCGCGGCAUUCACGCUGGUUACGCCAACGCUCCGCUAACCGGCGACGCCCGGGUGUACUACUCGGGGAUCUGCCAGGCUGUGGAAACCUCGCCCGCUGCCAUUGAGGUCUACGAGAAAUUCCUCGCUGGAGUCGACUCCGCCGUCCGCCACGCCUAUCACGGCGCCGGGUUCGGCGACGCGGAACGCCCGGGCCCCGAGAAGGAUUUACUGGUCAGCGGCCGUAUUUCCCCGGUCCUGGUGACCGCGGUAUCCACCAUCCUACGGCAGACGAUCCCGAGUCUCCGAUCCGAUGUCAACCGCAUGGAUAUCUACAUGCGUGACUACAGCUGGCUGGGACUGGACUCGGACCGCCGCACGAAGCUGUACCAGCGCACCCGCACCCUGGAUAUCAUCAAAAAGAGUCCCGUCCGGGUAAGCCUCGCCGCAAAUGGUACGGGACAGUCCUUAGCUGGUGGCAGCAAGCAGAAGGACGGCCAGGGGGCGGCAGCGGUAGCGGCGGGCCAGCCUGUGAGGCGGAGGUGUGUGCGCUGUUGCGAAGUGUCUGAGGGGUCGAUUCCGCCGCGCUCGGUGCUGGCGUUCCGGAUGAUCUUCAAGUUAGGCCAUUUGAGGGCUUGUAUCUGCUGUGGGAUGUGGGUGGUGGAGUUGGGGUCUGGGUCCGGAGAGGCGGGGAGGUCGAUAAAUGCUCACUAAGAUUCGGUGCUGUGGAUGGACUCGUAGGGUAAUGGGCUGGAUUGAGAUGUUCAACCGGAUAUCCGCGCGAGGUGAAGAGCUAGGAAUAUGAUAUAUGAUCUAGGAGUAUCAAGAUAGUAGGUCACGAGCGUUGUACAUAUAUAAUAAUCGUUCUUGGUUCUACAGACUGGGACGAAUCUCCAG